GAAGAGUUCUCGAUUCCCGCCAUAUUCAAGUAUGAAAAGUGCCGGCAAGAGAAGCUCUCGUGUGUCCGUCACGUUUGCUGGCGACGACGAUGUUGUACAACAUAUCAUUAGCGUUGAAGAUAAAGAUCAAGCCCAAAAACUGAGAAAUAGAAAAGUAAGCUUUUCAACUGGAACACGGAAACAGAAAAUACUAGAAGAAGAGUAUGUUGAAGGCAGCAGUGAUGAGGAUGAAGUGUAUGGACCCUCCUCAGCUCUGGAAGCUGAGGGAGACAUCCAUGGCUGUGACGUGUUUCAGUUCAAGAGAAAUAAGAAAUCAGGCCAGAUGGCUCAGAAAGCCUCUGAAUCAAGAACUCCGAAAUCAUCCCGAACUCAAGCACGACUUCAACAGGAAUCCCCAAUAGAAGAAUACAGAGUCAAGCCUCUUCAGGAAAUUCCUGUGCCAGUGACGCCCAAACAUACUGAAGGAACCACCACUCCACGGAAGUCUCGCAGGAACCGCAGACCCGAAGCAACUACGCCAUAUAGGUUGCGGAAGAGGCAUGAUGAAGGUAAUUCUUCAGAGGAAGACAGUUUCGGGUCGUCCAGCGACAGUGAGGGGUCAGAGGAGGAGGAAACAGCUACAACGCCAAGCCGCAGCAGGCGUCGAAAAACUAAUGAUGUUGAAUUUACCACUAAUGCUGAGGAAUAUUUCGACAUCCAUUCUGGUGCUGCCAUCACAUCCGACAGGACACUGUCUAAGCUGGACACCCCGCGCCUGGACCAGCAAGCUCUCAGUGCCCUACUGGAGUCUGUCAGCAGCAGUCAUGUCUCUGAGUGUGCUGGUCUACUCCAGGAGCACAUGGCUCUCUUCUCCAAGUGGAUGUUUCAGAUGUGCAAUGACUUCAACAUAUUACUAUAUGGUUUGGGAUCCAAGCGGGGACUGAUUGAAACAUUUCGCCAGAAGUUUCUCCACGAUUUCUCACAUGUCGUGGUGAAUGGGUACUUUCCCAGUCUGACAGUGAAACAAAUCCUGUCGUGUAUUAUAGAUGAGAUCAUUGAGGAGGAGGUGCAUAUCCGUACACCUGCGGAUCAGUACGAGUACAUCCGGAGACACUUUGAAAACUCAGAGUAUCGGGACUUUUACCUCAUCAUCCACAACAUUGAUGGCUCCAUGUUGCGUGGCGAGAAAACCCAGAACCUCCUCAGCCUGUUAGCUCAAGUACGAGGAGUCCACAUCAUAGCUUCUAUAGACCACAUUAAUGCCCCCCUCAUUUGGGACCAUACGAAGUGCUGUCGCUUCAACUGGCUGUGUUUUGACACGACCACGUACAUCCCCUACUCCUCUGAGACAUCAUACGAGAACUCCCUGCUAGUGCAGCAGACUGGCGCCUUGGCUCUGAGCUCCCUCACCCACGUCAUGAAGAGCCUCACCACCAAUGCCAAGGGCAUCUUCCUUCUCCUGGCCAAACACCAGCAAGAGAACAAGGAGAAUGCUACGUAUAUAGGCAUGUCCUUCAGUGAGCUGUAUCAACGAUGUCGGGAGUCGUUCCUCGUCAACUCCGACCUCACUCUCAAGGCACAGCUCAUCGAAUUCAGGGACCAUAAGCUUAUCAGAUCAAAGAAGAGCUACGAUGGUGUGGAGCAUUUGUUGAUCCCAAUCGACACACCCACACUCGCAGAGUUCCUGGAACAGCAGGAAGACAGCUGAUAGCCUGCGUGAUAUCUCCAUAGCAACACACACCAACCCUCGCAGAGUUCCUGGAACAGCAGGAAGACAGCUGAUAGCCUGCGUGAUAUCUCCAUAGCAACACACACCCACUCACAGCGUUUAAUGAACCCCGCUUCUUCAGCCUUCCCCCAAGUCACCACAGACUUUUUAUGGAGACUAUUACAGCAAUGCCACUAAUAAUGGAAAAUUCAUGAAUAAAUGCGCCUAAAAAAAUUUAAGGAUCACCCAAUCCAUUUAUAUGUAAUACUAUUCCACGACAGAUUAACUAUAGUAAUAUAAAAAAAUCAGAUGAUCCUUAACUUUCUUUGAGUAGUAUAUAUGAUGAAACUUUUAUGACUACGUUGAAUCUGAGUGAAAUCGCUGAAAGACAUGCUGGUCAUAUUGUCCUUAGAAUGAAUAGCAUACUUGGACAAAUAUACAAUAUGUGUAAUAAAUAUAGAAUACUAAACGAGCUGCCGUUUAAUACCAAUUUUAUGAAACGAGUGAAUAGUUCUGGUAUCUGACGAGCGAAAGCGAGUCAGAUAACACAACUACAUGUAUUCACAAGUUUCGUAAAAUUAGUUUUACACGGGGGCGAGUUUAGUAUUUUAUUUAUUACUUGUCACUCAUGACAUUUUUAGAAUUAUACUCUUGAGUGUAAAUAGGCUGACACCUACACGAUCCACGGCAUA